CCCGCCCACCUCACUCUGACAGCGAACAUGAAAAGGACAUGUAGCCGGGCGCUGUAACGACACGGCUACUGAGCUAGCCAAUUAGCUAGCUUCUAAAGCUUUGGGCUUCUUAGUCCACAGAAAUCAUUGACGUGUGGUGGUUUAAUCUAUCAUAAACUACAAGCUUAUGUGUAGCUAAUUUGUCAUUUCAAUGGCGUUCAAUGGCCACCAACGCGACGAUGAAAGUAUCGACGAAGACGAAACGCCCACGAAGCAUCCGCGGUCCAACAAGGAGAUGCCCGGUUAUUUCAGCAACGAGCCCAACAAUGAGGCAGCCGCGUCCGCACCAAGAGCCACAUCCGACCGGACGUCCAACCCGACGGCGAGGCAGAGGGUCGACUCGGUGAAGAAAACAAGGCCGCCCUUCCCCUGGUUUGGGAUGGACAUUGGAGGCACUCUGGUCAAGCUGGUGUACUUUGAGCCCAAAGACAUCACAGCAGAGGAGGAGCAGGAAGAGGUGGAGAACCUCAAGAGCAUCCGGCGCUACCUGACCUCCAACACCGCUUAUGGUAAAACGGGCAUCAGGGACGUGCAUCUGGAGCUGCAGGACCUGACGCUGUGCGGCAGGACAGGCAACUUGCACUUCAUCCGCUUCCCCACGCAUGACCUGCCGGUCUUUCUGCAGAUGGGCCGCAACAAGCACUUCUCCAGCCUCCACACCACCCUCUGCGCCACAGGAGGUGGGGCGUACAAGUUUGAGUCUGAUUUCCGCACGAUGGCGGACCUGCAGCUUCACAAGCUGGAUGAGCUGGACUGUUUGAUUCGGGGUGUGUUGUACAUCGACUCUGUGGUGUCCAGCGGGCCCUCCGAGUGCUACUACUUUGAAAACCCCACGGACCCAGAUCAUUGUGUCCAGAAGCCCUACGCUUUGGAGAACCCCUACCCUCUGCUGCUGGUCAACAUAGGGUCUGGGGUCAGCAUCUUGGCCGUCUACUCUGAGAGCAGCUACAAACGAGUUACAGGGACCAGCCUCGGUGGUGGGACCUUCCUGGGCCUUUGUUGCCUGCUGACUGGCUGCUCUACUUUCGAGGAGGCUCUAGAAAUGGCUUCUCAAGGGGAAAGCACCCGCGUGGACAAACUGGUUCGGGACAUCUAUGGAGGAGACUACGAGAGGUUUGGGCUGCCAGGCUGGGCUGUAGCCUCAAGUUUUGGCAACAUGAUGUCCAAAGAGAAGAGGGAGUCUGUGUCCAAAGAGGACCUGGCCAGGGCAACCCUGGUCACCAUUACCAAUAACAUCGGCUCCAUCACCAGGAUGUGUGCUCUCAAUGAGAACAUAGAGAGAGUGGUGUUUGUGGGCAACUUCCUCAGAGUGAACACCCUCUCCAUGAAGCUGCUGGCCUACGCCAUGGACUACUGGUCUAAAGGACAGCUCAAGGCGCUCUUCCUACGGCAUGAGGGUUACUUCGGAGCGGUUGGAGCCCUCUUAGAGCUUCUGCAUCCGUCCUAAACCGUCCAAACUACAUCCAAAGAGCAACUUGUCAAUCUGCUGCAGAGACCAUGAGCACUUUAAACUGUUCAGAAGUAAUUCCACAGUGGGAUGUUCUGCCAGCCACCGGCCAGUUACUGGACAGUUUCGGGUGUGGCAGGCAAACUCUCACGCAUUUAGAGGGCCUGUUACGUUGUCAGAAAUCAAGCUGUGUUGUCUAAUGUUGAUUCAUAUCUGCUGUUGUGGUCAGCGGAUAAACGUUCUGACCAAAGUCACCGUCUGCAGAACCUUUCACAAACAAGCCAAGUUCACUCUGAAACAUCUCAAGGAAAUUUCACCGCGGCUGCCUGAAAUACUGCUAGUCAAAAAGGUCUCCUCGUCACGUUGUCCUGUUUGUGGACUGAACUCCCCCUCGGGGGGUGUCAAGUCCCGGGCCAAAUAUUUACAAGUAGUUUUUGUGGUUUAUUUUACUCUACUGAGGUACCAGGUGGAUGGGAGUUUGUUUAAUUGGACUGUGCUGUAUGAGGUUAUAAAAUACAGUACAUAAAAACAAUCAACUCAAAUCAAAACAAAAAUGAACGAUUUUAACUGCAGAAUAUGUUGUUGAUUGGUCUCUAAACAACACAGUCUGAACACAGAUGUUAGAUUUACUCUCAUAAAAGACAAUUUUUUAUUUGAGAAGUUGGAAGCAGCAAUUUUUAUUUCAUUUUAUCUUAUUUUAUUUUUGACAUUUUUUGUGAUUAUGUUGCAGAUUAUCUGUCUCGAUAUCCACUGACCCUUUCAUCUCCACAUACCUGCAGCUCUGAAUGAAGUCAAACAACACUUCUCCAUGUUGGAAAAGUCAUGGAUGAUCUCUCUAGAGCAGACGCGAUUAAACUGUAAUACUGUGAAGUAUUCACUACCUGUUCAGUGUACUAGAGCUCGGCUCAGCUGAGAUGUUGCUGUAGUGCUUCUGUGUAGGGCUGCAACUAAUGAUUGUCUUCAUUGUCAAUUAAUCUGCCAAUAUUUUCAUGAUUAUUUGAUUAAUCUUUCAGUCUAAAAAAUGUCAAAAAAAAGAGGAUAAAAAAGAAAAAUGCCCAAUUUCUGAAGUGAAAUCUUCAAAGUGUUUCUUUUUGUGCAGCCAACAUGCAAACCUUUCAUUCGCAGUCAUAAAUGACAAAGAAAAGGAGCAAAUCCUCACAUUUAAAGAGGUGGAACCACCGAAUGUUUGACAUUUUUAGCUUGAAAAUGACUGAGGACUGAGACGAUUAAUCGAUUAGGAAAAUUGUGUGUCUAAUUGAUCGUUUUUGGCUAUUUGUUGCAGCUCUACUCCGAUCCAUCUGGUACUCUUCAUAAGCUGAAAGAAAACACUGUGAGUCAUUCACAACCAUUUAUUGACUCGCAUUUAACACUCAUUUGACACCAGAAUUAAGAUAUCAGCAGUUCAUAAGUCGUAUUCUUUAAUGGAGGUACUCACGAUAGAAUGUAGAUUCAUUCUGACACUAUAGAUGUUAAAGGUUUACUAUAAACGCUUCUUAGCUUGCCUCAGGAGAUCUAGAUGAUCUGUCAGUGUUGGCGUUAGUUGGAUUUUACUGUAAAGUGUGAGUGAUUUAAGUCCCUUCCUGACCCCAAACGUCUGCCCUGCUGAAGUGCCCUUGAGCCACUGCGUCCCCUUCCUCAUGAAGCGACAUCAGCGCAAGUGGAAACAUACUGAUAAGUAUGAAACUAGAAAAUGGAGGUUAAAGUUACAGCGUUAUAUCAGUGGUUUACUCCCAUGUUCAAGAAUUUAAAAAAAGGGGGACUUUUAAUCCAGAAACUUGCUGCAGGCCUCCAGUGGAGGGUUUCAGAGCCCAAAGCAUUUCUGUCUGCUUGAACAGGCUCAGUAUGCACUUAAAUGUUAAUGUAUGGAUUCUGUUGUUCAUCUUGGUCAGUGUCCCUGAGGCUUUUGUUCUUCCAGAGCAAUUAAGCAAGGUGGACAUUUUUUUUAACCUUGUACCUCUGAUGUUUGUGUGUUUAUCAGAGUCGCUGUUUGUCCCAUCAUUACAUUUAAUGCUUUUUCUGUCCCAUUUUAAUGUCAUCUGUUUGGUAAUCAGUCCAUUGAUUGAUUACAGGGACCAUAAUGAACCCUUAGCUACCUAUAAGAGAUUUGACCCCAAACCAGUUGGAAGUGAAGUGGGCUGUUACAGCUUGUAUAUACACUGUGAGUUAAGUGCCUGUGAUUUAAAAUGAGAAGAGCUGAUGUGUGAUUCUCAGGUUAUCCUUCUGUCGUUUGCUUCCACAUUUUAAAGGAAACUUACUUUGUUGUAACGGAGUGAUCACAAAUUUCUUAUCACAUUGUCCCUAUAAAAUACUUUUUUU